GAAGAACAAAUCUAUAGACUACAGAUUCUUGCUUAUGACAUUCAGUGUCGCCUGUCGCAGCAACUCUCGUCUUCCUUUUUUAACAGAAGUGGAAAGGUUAAGAUGGCUAUACGACCAGUUUUUAGACCCACUAUUAUUAAAAAGAGGACGAAGAAGUUCAUUCGUCAUCAAAGCGAUCGCUAUGGAAAACUCAAGAGGAACUGGCGUAAACCAAAGGGUAUUGACAACAGAGUAAGGCGCCGUUUCAAGGGACAGUAUUUGAUGCCAAAUAUUGGUUAUGGUUCCAACGCUAAAACCAGGCACAUGCUUCCUACUGGAUUCAAAAAAGUUUUAGUACAUAAUGUCAGAGAAUUGGAAGUACUGUUGAUGCAAAAUCGUAAAUACUGCGCUGAGAUUGCCCAUGGUGUAUCUUCAAAGAAGAGGAAAGACAUUGUAGAAAGGGCUCAACAACUUUCUAUCAGACUUACAAAUGGAAAUGCUAGACUUCGUAGUCAAGAAAAUGAAUAAUUUAGCAAGUUUGUUAAUAUAUAAAAGUUUGAAAAUUUA